UGAGAAAAAGUAAAAUGAAAGUCCGAUCUCGCGUUCACACCGCCCUCGUUUCUCUCCUCCAACCCUAGGAGGAGGCUGGAGAAGGAAAGCCACGGGGAUCCAUGAAUUAAUCGAUCACAUUUUGUUAGCCUAAUGUAUUCUUCGUUGUUUUUUGUUUGAUAAUCUGGGAUCUGAGAUUGAUCUGGAUAUAUACUUUUAUGUUGAAUUGAGUAAAGUGAAUACUGGAUGGCUUCAAUGGCACCCACAUCAGGGCAAAAACAUGCUAGUGGUAGUAGUAUUUCCAUGGAUAACUUACCAGAUGAAAUGAAUGAUAUGCACAUAAGAGAUGACAAAGAUGUGGAGGCUACUGUAAUUGAUGGAAAUGAGACAGAGACGGGCCAUAUAAUUGUGACAACUAUAGGUGGCAGAAAUGGCCAGCCAAAGCAGACUAUAAGUUACAUGGCUGAGCGGGCAGUGGGUCAUGGAUCAUUUGGAGUUGUAUUCCAGGCCAAGUGUCUUGAGACAGGUGAAACAGUAGCUAUAAAAAAGGUUCUUCAAGACAAAAGAUAUAAGAACCGUGAAUUGCAAACAAUGCGCCUUCUUGAUCAUCCAAAUGUUGUAUGCUUGAAACAUUGUUUCUUUUCGACAACUGACAAAGAAGAACUUUAUCUUAACUUGGUUCUUGAGUAUGUACCUGAGACUGUUCAUCGAGUAAUCAAGCAUUAUAACAAAAUGAACCAGCGCAUGCCAUUGAUAUAUGUGAAGCUCUACAUGUAUCAGAUUUGUAGAGCAUUGGCCUAUAUACACAAUAGCAUUGGAGUUUGCCACAGGGACAUCAAACCACAAAAUCUUCUGGUUAACCCACAUUCACACCAGCUGAAAAUAUGUGACUUUGGAAGUGCCAAAGUUCUGGUCAAAGGGGAACCCAAUAUAUCAUACAUAUGUUCUAGAUACUAUCGAGCUCCUGAACUUAUUUUUGGUGCCACCGAGUAUACAACGGCUAUUGACAUCUGGUCUGCUGGCUGUGUUCUUGCUGAGCUCCUCUUAGGACAGCCUCUCUUUCCUGGAGACAGUGGAGUUGAUCAACUCGUAGAAAUUAUUAAGAUUUUGGGUACCCCAACAAGAGAAGAAAUUAAAUGCAUGAAUCCCAAUUACAAUGAGUUCAAAUUCCCCCAGAUCAAAGCUCACCCAUGGCACAAGAUUUUCCAUAAGAGAAUGCCACCUGAAGCUGUAGAUCUUGUAUCUAGGCUACUUCAGUAUUCGCCAAAUUUGAGGAGCACUGCUUUGGAAGCAUUGAUUCAUCCAUUCUUUGAUGAACUUCGAGAUCCAAAUGCUCGUCUACCAAAUGGCCGAUGCUUACCUCCUCUCUUUAAUUUCAAGCCUUAUGAACUAAAGGGAGUCCCAACGGGAAUUAUAGGAAAGUUGGUUCCAGAGCAUGCAAGAAAGCAAUGUACCUCUUUAGCACAGUGAUCUGCCUCGUCAUGUCAUUGCCAAUAGCUGAUGUAUGUUUGAGGUAAAAUUUGGGGAAAAACUUUCCUCUUAUUAUUAAGUUUGUUGGCACGUGUAACCCCUCGAAUCUAUAUUUCUUUGUUGAUGUUAUCGCUAUUAUCGUCUGUCUGCAGCCCCUUGUAACAACCACCUCUCUUGGUGUCAAAACUGCAGACCGCUUUUAUGAAACGUCGUCUUAUUCAUGCAGAUUGAUUGUGUUAUAUACCUUAUUAUUACGCUUAACAACAUAUUUGUUUUUCACAAA